AUGAACCAAAAAAACCCCGAACUCAACAAUAACUUUUCUGGCUCCUUAAAAGCCCUCGAAAAUUGUAAAGAUUUGGAGUGUAUGUGCAUUGGCAACCAGCCCAACAUAAAAGGAGGUUUAGAAUUUUUGCCAGCCGAAAAACUUACUUAUUUUGUGAAUGUGAAACAUCAAAAUAAUAAAGAAAAAGCCAUUGUAGAAUUAAGCAAAAAGAUAAAAGAGAGUGAAAAGAAGUUAGAAGAAGCAAAAGAAAGCGAAGAUGAUAAAACCCAAAAAAUCACUAGAUUAGAAAGCCAAAUCCAAAUUCUAACUGAAAAGGAAAAAGAAAGAAUUACAAACUGA